AUGCAUCUCUUCUUUCUGACAGCCGUAGCUUUCGUCAUUACCAGUGUAUCUGUCGACGCAUCAGUCGCGAAAGAUCCACGAGGACACGCUCCCAACAGGACUGAAGUCGAUACCGUAAACGCGAGUUCAAGCACGAGGCUUUUACGAAAAAAUAGUACUGUUGAUCUAGUCGGCGAGGAGAGAGCACCCAGCAUCGUAGAAAAUAUCAAGGCGUUGGUCAAGUCUUCAGCGGUGACUCCAGCGAAGCUUCAGCAAUGGCUAGACGAGCGACUACCUGCGGGGCUAGUGUUCAAGAACAUGAACCUUGACGAACCAAAUAUCUUCUCUUUGUUGCAUGAACCCAACUUUGCUAAGUGGGUUCAGUACGCCGACGACUUGAGUGCCAAGUCAUCUCAUAAAGAAUCUUCAGUGAUCUCCACCCUGACAUCAUUGCACGGCGACAAAGUUGUCUACGACACAAUUCAAGCUGCUAAACUGUAUCCACAACUGAGUGAACUCGCCCUUAAAUUGGAAAAGGACCAGAUACGCUUCUGGAUUGCCACUCGAAAAGACCCCUCGGUGGUUUUUGAGGCCCUCAACCUUAACUGGGCAGGGAUAUCCAUCUUCCCAAAACCUGAAUUUUCCGCUUGGCUCAAGUACGUGGACGAUGUAAACGCAAGACAUCCCAAGGAAGCCCCAUUGUCGAUUAUUCCUACGCUCAAGCAACGUUUUUCUCGAGGUGACGAAGCCGGCACAGACGUACUCCUUAAACUGAUUGCGAACGGGAAAGCAACGACAGAGGCCAAAACUGUCGCCAACAAGGUAGAGAGUGCACUGUUUGACUUCUGGCUCAACAGUCGAGAAACGCCCGACAAAGUUAUGGAUGCGUUCAAAUAUGGCACUACGACUCAAGCUUUCUUGGGGAGUCCACGGUGGAAAGAGUGGGAAAGGUACUUGAGCGCUUACAAUGCGAGAUACCCUGAAAAGAAGGCCACAGCGAUAGAAACGUUAACGCGGAAGUAUGGAGAUGCACAAUUACUCGACACGCUUAUCGGCGCGAGCUCGAAAGGUGAGACGAAAACUCUUGCAGCCAAGUUGCAGGCACAGCAGUUCGAUAGGUGGAUGAACCUUAAAGAGUCUCCCCUCGACGUCUACAACAGGCUACGGUCUUCAUAUGGGGAUACCGCCUUCUUCAACGAGCCGCAACUCAAUGUGUGGGUCUCCUACAUGAAUGUGUUCGUCGACAAGAACCCCAGCAAGGUGGACAAAAUGUUCUUGGAGUUAGGUGACACCUUUGGGGACAUGCGUCUCUUUCGAGUCCUUGGAGAAGCCAAAAAGUUCCCCAAUUUGGAAAGCACUGCAACCAAGCUGCAGAUGGAGAAGGCUUCGACUCUUUUUGCCAGCGGAAAAUCCCCGGAGGGUAUAUUCAAGGUGCUAGCACUUGACAAUGUCGGAGAUGAUAUUCUCAGCAACACGCUGUUCCACAAGUGGCUGGCAUAUCUGCAGAAAUUCAACAAAGAGCACCCAAACAAUCAAGAAUCGUGGUUUGACAUGCUCCGUAUUAGUUACCAACCGUUCGGCGUCGAAAGGAUUAUCGAGACAGGAAGGAAAAAUCCACUCACAAGAUUGAUGGCUGAAAAAGUGGAGAAUGCGUAUCACAACUACUGGUUGGAUAUUAAGAUGGAGCCUAAGACAGCCUUCCGCUCCCUGCAUCUCGACGAAAGCGGUGAGAAGCUCCUUGCCGACCCAAAAUUCAACACGUGGGUGCAGUACCUGAAAACCUUCAACGACCGAUAUCCUAAUGAGAAGACGACAGUCAUCGACGGGCUCAGGGAUAACUCUCAUGACAUAGCUCUACUCCGAAUGUUUUCAGCCGCGAAGAAUGAUCCCAGCACGGAGAAACUCGCUACUGAUCUACAGAGUGCGCUAAUCCUCAAGUGGCAAGAUGCGAAGAAGACACCAGAAGAACUAAAGAGAGUGUUUGUUGGUGUGCCAGCCGCUGAUGAAAUGCUCGACCGGUACAUCAAGCUACUGGCGGUGGCGUCAUCUACGCCAUAA